GAGGAGCCGGCUCCCGUGGUGCAGAGCAGGAGGACAUCGCUCAGCGGGGUGUGCUACCUGACCAUGGGCCUUCUCAUACUGCUCCUGGGCUUGGUCUUUGCAUCGAUGUAUGUCUACAGAUACUUCUUCAUCACCCAGCUGCCCCGCGAGAGCGUGUUCCACUGCGGCGUCCUUUACGAAGACUCGCUGUAUUCACCGUUCAAAGGGCAGCUGGAGUUGCACGAAGAUGUGAAGAUUUACAUUGAGGAGAACUAUGAGCAAAUCAACGUCCCAGUGCCCCAGUUUGGAGGGAGCGACCCUGCAGAUAUCAUCCAUGACUUCCAGCGAGGUCUGACGGCUUAUCAUGACAUAACGCUGGAUAAGUGCUACGUCAUCGAGCUGAACACCACUAUCGUGAUGCCUCCUCGCAACCUGUGGGAGCUGCUGGUUAACGUGAAGAAAGGGACGUACCUGCCUCAGACAUACAUAAUCCAGGAGGAGAUGAUCGCGACCGAGCACGUCAGUGACAUGGAGCAGCUCGGCUCCUUCAUCUACCGCCUCUGCAGCGGCAAGGAGACCUACAGGCUGAAGCGCAGGAACGCCAGGAGACGUAUCAGUCGACGUGAGGCUGGAAACUGUCAUCGUAUUCGUCACUUUGAAAACACUUUUGUGGUUGAAACUGUUAUCUGCAAAACAUCAUGAAGCCACUCUCCAGAUGUAACCUUCCUUGGCUUUGCUUGCACACACGCACACACACGCUCUCAGCCCUCUCUUUAGACAUGGUAAUCUGUCUUACUUUUUUUACUCCCUCCCCUGCUUGUGCAGCUCUAACCUCUUGGGUCUGUUCUGGCCUCACAGUGGAUUCUCUUCUUUCCCUGCUACCUACCUGAGACGUUUGCUGGGCUUAAAUUUACACAGUGGUCAAAGAUAACCUGGGAGUAGACGCAGCUACAGGACAGGAAUCUCUUCUGGGAGCAGGUUUGGGGUAGAAGGGAUGGCCAAGAAAUAGGAGUGUUGGAAAUAGGUGCUCUUCUCCUGGCCGAGUGAUUUCAGGCUGGCGUAGUGCUUUGAGGCUGCCUUGGCACUGGGACAGAAGGUGUAUGUACACAAGAAGAGUUACCAUUUUGAUGCUGAUUUAAUGACCAGAAAUCCGUAACCAGGAAAAAAAUUGUUGUGAAGCUACAGACAGGAUGAUUCAGAAAGCUCAGCAGAAAGAAGGUUUCUGCCCAAACCAUGCUGUGCUGGUCCCAGCUUGCUGUGUGCUGUCCCCCUGAAGACCAGAUUUUCAAACGCUGAAAGCAACCGCUCUGUGUUGGCUCUUGGGCUCGCCCCUCACCACGUCUCCUCCUGAGGCGUUCGGGGUGGGCAGGAGGACAGGGCAAGGGGCAGUGAGGUGGGCUAGGAAUGACACAGCACGUCCCAGCUCCCUGGCCACAAAGCAGAGGGUGAAGUGCAAGGCUGUGUAGCCUUUUCUCUAACACACAGCUGCAUCUGCUGUGGUCCCUGGGCAGAUCUGCUGUCACUUUGCACAACUAAAGAAAGAGGUGGAUCUUUGAUUCAAGGUGCCAGAGCUCCACUGAUGUCCCAUCUAUGGGCCGUGGCUGCGGGUGGAGCUGGGUGGUUUAAUCUAGCCCCGUGUCUGUCCUGGCCAGCUCUGCUUGCUUGGAAAGAUCUGUUACAUUAACACAGGUCUUUCUUCCUGGGUUGUCGAGAUCCCAUCUGUGUGCAGAUUGGGUGCCCUGCCUCCAUACAAAGUGGUGUCAGCAGCAGACCUGGUGUUUACUGGCAAGUGCAGAAGCAGAAUUUCUAAAUUUUUUUUCUUUAACAGAGUGUGUAUUCUUGUAUAACUCCUCUGAUGAAAGCUGUGGUGAUAAUAAUUACUGUGGUCCAGCAGUGUAUCACAUUAUCUGCAGGCACCAUUGUAGUACAGAUAUCGAUACGAGGCAAGAUUCAGCUGAUCGAUAAACUGCAGAGAAAUUGUGUGAACAAAACUGCAUUUCUAUUGAUCAUCAGACAGAAGAAUUGCAGAGUAAUUAAAUAUUCUUCCCUCUGUUCCAUAAAUAUAGUUAAAACUAAUUAGGUUCUUGAAAUGCAGGCAGUUCUUUGGCUUGAAAGAAUGGGGUGAGUUUCAACUUGGCACAUUCUUGUUAAUUGGUUUCCAGCAUAUCUGGACUUGUUCACCAUCUGUUGAAAUGAGCUUGUUGUUUUAGAAGAGGAAGGAUAAAGUAAAUGCAAGUACAAUCAUUAACUCAGCAGGACCAAAAAAAGUGAAUAUAUUUUAGAAUAAAAUUUUUAAGUAAUAAUAGUGUGAGGUAAUUAUGUGAAAACAAAACAGGGUCUCAGAAGGGUCAUGUAAUGCAAUAGGAAUUAGUGUGUCCUUAGUGGCUGAGAAUUUGGUUUUUUGUAUAGACAUAGUCAACUAUGAACACUACGUUUUAACAGGUAGAGGAGGACACUUUGGUUUUAUUCUGCUUUAAGCUUGGUGUAAAAUGAAGAAUUGCGUGUACUUCAUGCAGGUUGGUAAGGAAAGUCUCCCACUGCCAGAGGGAAAUUUGCUUUUCUAGCAUUGUGUUUUUCCAGCGAUAACUUGCUGCCGGCCCGUACUUUUUAUUGCGGAGCGGAUGACAAGAAGGGUCAGAGGAUGGGUUUGCUUAAUGGAAGUACCACAAACUGGUAAAUUUAAGCCCCGCGUUUCUCUUCGUUUCUAGGAACCUAAGCCUGCACUCAGGUGAGCAUACAGACCUUUUCCCCUUCCUUCUGACUCUGCAUGAAUUAACUGGUCAUUGAAUAUGCUAACUGUGCAACCCCGCAGCUGUAAGGACAAACCUUGGUUCUUUAAGGUGAACUAACAUAGUCACUGUUUCAUAGGAUGAGAAUGCAGUUGUCUAGAAAGAAAACAUAAGAUGCUUUGUAUAUUUUGUCUGGUAGGACUCUUACUUCUUAGGAAAAAUCCAUGGGAUAAUAAAAUCUUUUACCUCUGAUA